AUGAAGCGGGCAUUAUGUAUUUUAUGUUGUCUGUUUAUAAAUACAAAUGCGACACCUAAUCAUCCAGUGGUUGUAACUACGUGGAGCUUUAUAAACUCUACUAUUGGGGCGUGGAAAGUCCUGAAAAAUGGUGGUUCAGCUUUAAAUGCAAUAGAGAUUGGAGCUAGCAUAUGCGAAAGUGAACAAUGUGACGGAACUGUUGGGUAUGGUGGAAGCCCCGGUGAGAAUGGUGAAACUACACUUGAUGCUUUACUAAUGGAUGGAAAAACUAUGAAUGUGGGCGCUGUUGGUGCUAUAAGAAGAAUAAAGAAUGCAAUAUCAGUUGCUAGACAUGUUCUUGAGAAUACAAAGCAUUCUAUUCUUGUUGGAGAACUUGCAACGGAGUUUGCAGUACAAAUGGGCUUUAAAGAAGAAUCAUUGAAUACACAAGAUUCCAAACAACUGUGGAUGAAAUGGCAUAAUGAGAAUCAUUGUCAACCUAAUUUUUGGGUGGAUGUCACUCCUGAUCCAAGGAAAUCUUGUGGCCCAUAUCAGCCGAAGUACAGAUCUAAAACAAGUCUUAGUAAGAUAAAAGGAGAUAGAUACAACCAUGACACUAUAGGUAUGGUGGCAAUUGAUAGCAAUGGAGAUAUUGCAGCAGGUACAUCUACAAAUGGAGCAAAAUACAAGAUACCUGGAAGAAUAGGUGACUCUCCUAUACCUGGUUCAGGUGCUUAUGCUGAUAAUGAUGUUGGUGGAGCCACAGCUACUGGAGAUGGCGACGUAAUGCUUCGAUUUCUUCCUAGCUUUUUAGCUGUCGAAGAAAUGCGACGUGGAGCUAGUCCUACGGCAGCUGCUCAAAUUGCUGUUAAAAGAAUAGCAAAAUAUUAUCCUGAGUAUAUGGGUGCUGUGGUCGCAUUGAGCAAAGAUGGUGAAUAUGGUGCAGCCUGCCAUGGCCUUGCUGGCAUGCCGUUUCCAUUUGUUGUCCAUGAUAAGACCAUGGAAAAAUGUCACGUUGUUUUAGUGGAAUGUACUUAA